UGCUUGCUGACGAGAAUGCAAGAGAUGUCCAUGGAUUACCAUUUCAAGGUGGAGCAGGAAGCUGGCUCUUUCCCCUGCAACUUCUUUGGCUACAAUGGUACCUACAGCCACUCUCUCUUCUCCGCUGCGCCGACGCAGUUGUUCAUGCCACGCUGUCAUUUUUCAGUCAUGCUCAAGAAACAGGAACCGAAUUUAUUCAUGCACGUAGGAACCGCUGGAGUGUGGAGGACACAGGCGAUUGUCGAGUCCGGUGGCUGGGAGGACCGAACCACUGCUGAGGACAUGGACUUGGCACUGCGAGCAAGCCUCUUGGGCUGGGAAUUCGUUUACGUUGAGAGCAUAAAGGUUAAGAGUAAGCUGCCGAGCACUCUGAAGGCAUACAUGUCCCAGCAGCAUCGCUGGUCGUGCGGCCCUGCGCUGCUGUUCAAGAAAAUGUUCUCGGAAAUUAUUGCUGCCAAGAAAGUAUCGGUUUGGAAGAAAUUGUACAUGAUCUAUGACUUCUUCAUUGCCCGGAGAAUUGUCGGCACAUUCUUCACCUUGUUCUUUUUCGGCAUUCUGAUUCCAAUUAUCAUUAUAUUCCCAGAAGCGCAGAUCUCUGUGUGGGAGCUGAUCUAUAUUCCCACAGCUAUCAUUCUCCUUAAUUCUGUUGGGACACCAAGGUUCCACUGUCUUGAAAUAUUUUUUGGCCUGUUUCUUCUGGUGUCUGGGUGCUUUGACUACAUAUUCAGAGAUGACUAUUUGUACCUACUUGUUCUUCCUCAAUCCAUCAUGUAUUUUGCAAUUGGUUUUCAGUUCAUCGGUCUCCGUGUAUCCGAAGAUUGA